ACACAGCUCACACCAGACGCCACCACCCCACGCAAACACAUCCAAACAGAAACCACAUAUUUGGCGGGUUAAUGUAGACUCGCUCACAUGCACACCCUGACAGGUCUCUGCUGCUUACAUGUGACAGGAAGGUUUCCUGUUGACCCCGUUUGCUACUGUACCGCUCGAGCAGGAGAGUGUGUCUUAGCGUCAGCCAGCUGUUAUCAGACAAGUAUGAAACUGCUGGAACAUGUGGUCGCUGGUGAUCACUCCUGGCUCUGAACGCUCCCCUCCGUCCAUCCGGAUCAUUAAGGGAGACGACAGAGAAGCACAAGGUGUUCAGUGAUUGUGGGUUACAAGAUGCAGGAUUGAUCAGGGGAAAGGGUUGUUGAGUUAUGCCAUCAGUAUCUGUGUUAGAGAGGAAAUGACUGAGAAUACAUCUGGAGUGUGGGAUGGGUCCCAGCCCAACUCCUGUGGACACAACAUGACCAGCUGGAAUCAGCACAUGGACACCAUGUACACCUACUUCUACCUGCUGCUCUUCAUCCCUGGGCUGCUGCUCAACACCACUGCUCUCUGGGUUCUCUGCAGACACAUUAGUAAGAAGACCAAGGCGGUGAUCUUCAUGAUAAACCUGGCGCUAGCAGACCUGGCCCACAUCCUGUCUCUGCCCCUGAGGAUUUAUUAUUACUUCACACACACCUGGCCCUUUGGAGAAGGUGUCUGCCUGUUCUGCUUCUACCUCAAAUACCUCAACAUGUACGCCGCCAUAGUGUUCCUGGUGUGUAUCAGCAUGCAGAGGUGCUUCUUCCUGCUCAAACCGUUCUCCGCCCGCGGCUGGAGGCGGCGCUAUGACCUGUUGAUCAGUGUCGUAGUGUGGGUGGUGGUCGGUCUGGCCUGCUCACCUUUCAUCUUGAUGCGGAGCAGCAGCAGCUCCACCAGCACCACCAGCACCACCAGCACCACCAGCGUCGGCACACAGACCAUCUACAACAUGUCCUAUCCUCUGGAAGCCACUUCUACCCAGCAUCCCUUAGGUUACACCACUUCACUCUCGGUUCUGAACUCCAGCAGCUCCGGUCCCAGCUCUUCCAAAGGCACCUGUUUCAAAGACUUGCCCAUGCGUCGUCUGCCGCUCUCUGUGGCAGUCACCAUGAUGGCUUUCGGUGAGCUGUUUGGUUUCUUAAUUCCUUUGGCCUGCAUCAGUUUCAGCUCCAUCCGCACCGCCCGCUCUCUCAUCCAGGGACAGACCCAGGAUCAGUCAAACACGGCCGACCUCAACUCGGCAGCACGCAGCCGACUCCAGUCCGUCACCUCCAACAAUCAGACGGAUAAAUAUCAUGAAAAGCAUACGCAAGCUGAGAAGAGGCGUGCUCUACGGAUGGUGCUGAGCUGCUUUGCCCUCUUCCUGAUCUGCUUUGCCCCCUACCACCUCAACUUCCUGCUCUACUUGAUGGUGUCGCAGGACAUAGUGUCCGACUGCGCGACCAGGCUGGCCGUGCGUCAGUUCCACCCGAUGUCUCUGUGUCUGGCGAGCCUGAGCUCAUGCCUCAACCCUCUGCUUUAUUACUUUCUGACAGCAGAAUUCAGACUGCACCUGAGCAGGCGCACCUCCUCCUUCACCGCCUCGCUGCUCUCCUCCCCGCCGAGCCAGCGGCCCGCGCCGGGCCGACUGACGAGCAUGGAGAGUAGCUGCUCGGUAAGGGACUUCGACUAUUCAGAGGCAAAAUAGUUUCUUUCCUCAAGGAAUGACACAGCUGAACAUGACAGAUAAAGCGCAUCAUGUUGAACUUGUAAACAACGAGAUGAUUUCACAUGUCCCAGCUGUACAAACUGACCAGAAAAGCUUUGACUUUAAAUAUGAACAAGCUCCCAGAGGACAUUGCUUUAGAACAAACAAAUCUUCAAUCAGCAACUGAAUGAUGUCUGCGCUUCGAAAUGAGUGUGCGCACAAUAUCUAUGUUACUACUGAUAUCUAUGUUACUAUCAACACAGUCGCCUCGUGUACAUAAGCUACAGCUAGUUGUGCAACAACUUUAAAUAAGCUAUGUCAUUAAUGUCAAAAGCUGUAUGUAAAUGUCCUGUUAAUAAAAGCGCUGUCUGCCUCUA